CACAAGGUUUAGCAGCAAUGUGAUUAUCCCCAUCAUGUGAUCUACAGCCGGAGUAUGAAAGAGGGCCUUUUAUAUGAGCUGGAAGCAGUUCUCUGAGGUUUGCAUGCACUGAAAGAUACAGCAGAUCCUCUUCAGCUUGGCUUGAUCAUGACAUAAUCAUCUGCUCCCCUAAUCUUCAUCAAUACAAGUGAGGACAAACUGCUGAAUUUUUCUGUCAUGGAUCAUCACACCUCAGGCCAACACAGUCAACCCGGGCACAGCUCCAGCUUUCAGUGGCUUUCUUUUGCCUACCAGGACCUGACAGAAAUCCCCUAUGAAUCCAUCCUAACGCAAACAGAGACACUGGAGGUGCUGGACCUGAGUAACAAUCUGCUGAAUGAGAACCCGGCUCUGCUGGGUCAGCUGGAGAAGCUCAGCACUCUGAUCCUGGACUGCAACAACUACACAUCUCACAUCAAGUUCCCCUACAUGCUGAGUGUCACCACAGUGUGCAUCAACAAGAACAAGAUCAACAAUCUGCCUGUGUUUGUGGAGGAAGUCAGACGAAAGUUUCCCAACAUAAAGAUCCUCAGUAUGAUGAACAAUGAGGCAGCACCAAGCUAUUUCAAUGGAGGGAGUCUGACCCAGUACAAAGACUACAGACAGUAUGUCAUCAGUCAGCUCCCUGGCCUGGAGAUUCUGGAUGACACUGAGGUCCUGGAGAAAGAGAGAAUCCAAGCUAGAAAAACCUACAGGCUGCAACAGAGCAGUCACAGCAGCAGGAAGAGGAAGGAGGACUCAUCAAAGAAACACACACACAUGCAGAAAAAGACAAAUACUGUUAUAAGCCAAUAGAAUAUACUAUAUUUAAAAUCCUUCCUUCAAAAUCACCCCUUUAAUGUUACACUGCCAACAUUAUGAUACACAUUGUAUGUUCUAUGUCUGCUUGUUUGAGCAUAUAUUUGAAGCUACAGGAUGCUUACUCUGAAUUUGAUAUUCAAAUCCAAACACCAUACUUUAGCUUCACUAUCAAAUUAAAACUGGAAAUAUUUU